GCCCUGACACAGCGGAAGUAAACAGUAAUCACGUUACAACCCGGAAGAAUUGCCUUUCACCGAUUAACGUUUGAAUAGACGAGAAUGAGCAAUUUAUCUCGUGAAGAAACGAUUAAGCGUGAUGCUGCUAGUAUCGUACAGCCUUUCAUAGUCACGUUUGUGUAUUAAUCUCGGGCGCUGGCGGCCGAGGCGGUCGAGUGUGAGCAGCAACGCCCUGAUGCCAGCCUCCCCGACGGAGAAAAAUAAGCUCGCUGUGUUUACAAAUCGGCGGAGAGAAGCCGUUUCCCCGCAGUGAGCCGCUAGCUGACCGUGCGUUGUGUGACAAAAACAUGGCCGAGCUGCACGCCGUGGAGCCGAGCGGUACGGGCACCGUGGAGCAGCCCGAGCACCGCGGCACCGUGCGCCUGGCGUCGCCCACUCUCAUGGUUCCGCCACGGAGCAGCCAGCUCAGUCCCGGCGGGGUGUCGAGCUCCGGCGGCAGCGGAGGAGGACGCUCCGUGUUCGGUUUCCCGGCGAAGAGCAACCCGAGUUCGCCGUCCGAACCGGUGGAGAAGCCGGGCUCACGCUGGGUCCGGCUCAACGUCGGAGGGACCUACUUCAUCACGACAAAGCAGACGCUGUGCAGGGACCCCAAAUCUUUCCUGUUCCGACUGUGCCAGGAAGACCCCGACCUGGACUCUGACAAAGACGAGACGGGAGCCUACCUGAUCGACAGGGACCCCACAUACUUCGGCCCCAUCCUCAAUUACCUUCGACACGGAAAACUGAUCAUGGAUAAAAACCUGGCAGAGGAAGGUGUCCUUGAGGAAGCCGAGUUCUACAACAUCGCAUCACUAGUGAGGCUGGUGAAAGAGAGGAUACGGGACAACGAGAAUCGAACAUCUCAGGGCCCCGUGAAGCAUGUGUAUCGAGUGCUACAGUGCCAGGAGGAGGAACUCACGCAGAUGGUCUCAACCAUGUCCGACGGCUGGAAGUUUGAGCAGCUCAUUAGCAUCGGCUCCUCCUACAACUAUGGCAACGAGGACCAGGCAGAGUUUCUAUGUGUAGUUUCCAGGGAACUUAACAACUCCACCAAUGGCAUCGUCAUUGAGCCCACUGAGAAGGCCAAGAUCCUUCAAGAGCGAGGCUCGCGGAUGUGAAGAGACCGAGAUCCUGCGCUAAACGAAAACAAAACAGCAACAUGAACAUUUCCUCUCCACCACAACUAUCACCACCAUCAUCAUCAUCGUCAUCAUUAUUAGCAGCCACCCUCCCUUCGUCCUCUGGUGUGCCUUUCCACAGUGCCCUCACCUCCAGUGCUGCAACGCCCUGACUAGUCGUUUGGUUUCUUUCCUUCAUUGCCGGCUGUGAAAAACUUCAGUGGGAGUUAAAGCAGAUUCACAGCGAGUGAUUUUCUCCAUAGCAGCGUUCUGAUGGUCAGUGUUGUGGUGGUGCCGCCUACAGCGGUGGCUGUAGUGGACUGACGCCCAGCACAGAGCUAAUAGACAUGUUCAUCAUCAUUUUUAUUAUCAUCACCCUUACACCUGCCUCCAUCAACUUAGCAGAAACCUCCUCAGGACCUGCAAAUGACACCAAGAAAUGAACACGUGACUGAGCCUCUCUGUAUCUGAGUCCGUCAGUGGAUGUGAGCAGACAUGUUAAACCGAGCCAGGAGGAUAAGAGGCGGGUCCAGUCAACGCCAGAGUCCGAUUACAGCCUGGCGCUGCGCUUCCUCCACUCCGUGCCGAGCGUUUAGGACCUUUUAACGGGGUUUGGUCUUACUGGCAUCUCGGCUCGAGUCGAUACAGCGAGGCCGCUGCUGGAAAACCGCAGCAUCCUGCACCUCGUGUUUCCAUUUGAUCUUUCCCUCCUUGGACGCAAUUUGGAAUAUUUCUGCGCAAAAGAAAAUGAUUCAAAAAGACUACACUUGUGUACAAUUUGUCAAGGCAUGUGAGAAUUCUAUAUAAAUCUAUAUAGGCUACAUGAUAACAUUAUAUGAAAAUGUGAAUGCAAAUGGUGUAAUUAUUGGUUUCUGUAUCAUAGUUGUCAUAUAUUUACAUAAUCUGGUGGGUAACUCACUUUAUUUGAUGGGGAAAAUAUCCUGGUGGUGUCCCACACGCUGACAUGGGUGUGUGAUGCAGUGCCUCUGCUUACUGUCCAUGACUGAGAUAUCACUGGUUUUUCAGCUGCACGUUUUCUCUAGUGUUUCUCAAAAAAACAACAACAACUUGCCACUGAGUUUUUUCUUAACUAUCCUGCUGUACUUUGAUUUCUUGCAUAUCUUAAAAUUGUAAUUAGGGAUUCGGAAAGUCGCUGUCAUUGCUGUUUGCCCAGACAACAUGGCGUGGCAGGGGAUCGGACAGUGGCCAGUCUGUAUGCUGCCUCAAAGCCCCAAUAACUACCACUUUGCAGCUGCGCCUCCACUUAACGCCCAACCAACUGAGUUGUCUCGCAUUCUGCAGCACUUGUAGCAAAGGCGGUGCCGGCUGAACUGUAGUCCCUGCGCUUAAAGCCCGGGGUGUCGUUGGGAGUGAAGCCUUUAUUGCAGUGAUGUUCUCGUCUCUGCCAGCAGACACAGACCAACUCGGCUGAAGUAUUUUUAUACUUGACAUUACUUUGCUUCGUGACACCGCUGCUUUUAUGACGUUCAUUCAUUGAGCAACACGUGGAAAACACUAAAAGGGUUUACAAGCGUGGUUCCAGCCCGUCGAGAGGCUCAUCCUGACAAACCUCACUUUCUGUAAAGUCAGAUCACUAAAUUCUGUGAUAUUUAUUUAUAGGAUGUUUGCAAGGGAACUUAAAAAAGAGCUUUUUGAAACUGACUCGGCGUCCCCUCAGUCGGUGUCAUUUAAAUCUUUUCAGCGCGCCCUGAUGGACACACGUAAUGCCGUUAGUGUAAAUGCAGCUUUGUUAUCAGGGCACCUUAAUGCAAAGUUUGAGCCAUUCGUGCGCAUAUCAGAAGCAGAAGUGAAACGUGUCAUUGUUACCCGUCGUGCAGUCUCUACUGCAUCCAGUCUUUGUGUGACAUCACUGACACCUGCCACUGGCAUUGAUCACCCUUUGUAUAGAACAUAUUAAACACACCUAUGUUAUAUCAAGCAUGAACAAAAAAUAAUGCAUUUUAAUGGGAAACGUGUUGCCGUUGCUCAGCCAGGCCUCAGAGCUCAAACGUUGACGUGACUUCUUUGUUGCUCAUUCUUUCCUUUUGAUUGUGUGCUGUGCGGUUUUCUAAUUGGAGUCACGAGCAGACUGCGCUGCUGAAAAUGCCCAAAUGUGUUUCCUCAUUGUUCUCUGGACCUUUGCAAAGCACCGUGGGUGUCGUUUCCCUUCGUCCGUGUCCAGUGUUGUGCCUUUGACCUGUGUUGUGCACAGUUGUUCUCCUCUUGUUCUCAAGGUGCCUCUUUUACUUUGAAAAAGCCAGAGGCCCGGAUCUGAGGUUUCAUCCAUGAUGUUUUGUUUUAGCUUGUUUUCUUUAGUGUUUCAGAGAAAAACAAAUCCUAAAAUCACCUUCUGCGUCCAAGCUAAGAAUGAUUUCCAGCCGCUGUUUGGUUGUGAACCCUUACACUUGAGUAACAGCCUCCGAGCUGGAGGACGCAGCUCCCUCCUCCGGUCUCAUCCUAGUAAAACUCCAGCAGUGCCCCAGUUUUUGGGAAAAUCAAUUUGACUGAAAACUUGCUGAACCUUUUUUAAUGGUCCCGUUUUAUGAUGUAAGUGAUUAACCCUUGAAGCACUUAAUGUAUUUGUCAACUGUGUGAUGUCAGUGGUCCCAAUCAGAGGAGAAAACAUUUCUGGAAGAGAAAGUUGCUCAUGUCUUCGGUUUAAUACCAACUUUGAGUUGAGCAGGUUUUUGGUGGCGGUCUGUCAUUUGUUUCACACGUUCACAACGUUUUGCACACACAGGCUUUGUUUUCUUUUGGGUCCUUAAGGAUGGGAACCACUGACCUCACUGAACUGUGCAAUGUGUUUAUAACAUUUCACCCAAGCAACAAUUUUUUAAAACCACAACAACAAAAAAAGUCCAUUGACUGUUGUUUUGUACUUUUCACCUGCACUAGUUAGUCUACAGACCAUGUGCAAUGUUAACAAAUCUGCAAAAAAUCUGUGUUGUACGGGCAUGUGAAAACAUGAGAGCAUGCGUUGUUUUAGAGAUUAUGAUGUUGUGUAUUGGAUUUUGUCUGACCUCUGUGUUAGUGCAAAGUGUAUGUGAUGCAUGGUGGGGGAGCAGAGGGAGGGCAUGGCUCUGUGGGUUGUAGGUGUAGAUUCCUUGUGUGGGACAGCAGGUCUACAACUAGACACAUUCUCUACUCACCUAUUUGUUCUCUUUGUUGUUUCUGAUGAUUUGUCAGGACAGUUUAAUUGUGGAUUUAAAAAAAAUAAAACAGCCCCUGACUUUGGUUAAUAUAGCGUUCACACAACCGGCAGGACAACACAUGUUCACAGUUUAAAAGAAAAACAACAAACAUUGAUUUACUUGUUUAUCUGUAAACACCUGCAUGCGUUCGUGGACAUGCACACGUGUACACUCAUUUAACCGUACUGAGAAAUAUCAGCUAAUAACAGUUGCUUUGUGUUCAUUUAUCAACAGUAUUGAUGUCAAAUGUGAAUAUUGUUAACAGAGACUGUGGGGAAAUGUUUGGAAGCUGACAAGACGUUUUGUCCUUUCGCUUGUCUCACUUUUAUUUAUUUUAUAUCUUUUGGAUUUUGUCUACAGAUGUCAUUUCUUUACAUGUAACAACUUUAACAGAACCCAGUCUGGUUUUUAAUCAUAAACUGUGUUUGUGUUUUAAA